UCUAAGGGACGCUGUUGAUCAGUAAAACAGAGUCUAGUGUUGUUAGGACUGUGAGGAGAGAGGGGGAGAGAAAGAGGAGAGGGAGAAACACUGAAGCGUUCGACGGAUAUACAGGCUCUUUAAAACAGUAUUUUUGUUUGAUAAUAAUCGAUCACUUUUGCUCCAAAGAAUCGCAGCACCUUUGAACUGGAAUGUAUCUUGCGAGUACAUGAUUGACGUUGAGUAUAGUUUGCGGUUACAUUCAGGAUUUUACUCUUAACAACAUGGGGAUACGCCUGCGCCGAUUCGGAAAAUGGCUGAUGUGUUGUACUAUUACAUGGCAACUGUUCAUUUUUGUCUUCAUGAUUUCCACUAUCAAUGGUCAAAUCCGUUAUUCAAUACCGGAGGAGAUGAAGAAAGGUUCUCUUAUCGGUAAUGUAGCACAAGACCUUGGUUUGGAUCUGAAAAGGCUCCGCUCUGGUCGGGCCCGUAUCGUGACCGGAGAAAACCAUCAGUAUGCUGAGCUGAAAACAGACAAAGGGAUUCUAGUCGUGAAUGAGCGAAUCGACAGAGAAGAGCUUUGUGGAGACGUAACACCGUGCAGCUUUAGCUUCGAAAUUAUUUUGGAAAAUCCAAUUGAACUGCACAGGGUGACAGUAGAAAUAUUAGACGUAAAUGAUCAUGCGCCUACUUUCAAAAAUAAUGUAAUUAAUCUAGAAAUCAGUGAAUCUGCAACAACAGGAUCUCAUUUCGAUUUAGAAAGCGCCUAUGACCCCGAUACGGGCAUUCACAGCUUGCAAAAAUAUGUUUUAUCCCCUAAUGAUAAUUUCGUUUUGAAGCAACACUCCAACGCUGACGGAAUCAAAUUCGCCGUGAUGAUUUUACAGAAGCCGCUAGACAGAGAGUUUAACUCACACCUCUCUUUAAAGCUGAUUGCAGUAGACGGAGGAGCUCCACAGAGAUCUGGUACCACAAAUGUAGAGAUCACUGUUCUUGACGCCAAUGACAAUCCUCCUGUAUUUAAUCAAUCACUUUAUACUGCAACUGUGACAGAAAAUGCACCCAUAGGAACCUAUAUAACUACUGUGAAUGCUUCAGAUGCCGACAGUGGGUCUAAUGGCUUGGUCACAUAUACUUUUUCUAAUGUAAAGGGAAACUCUGGCGAACAUUUUCAAAUUGACAGUGUAUCUGGCAAAAUAACUGUGGCUGAUAUAAUUGAUUUCGAAAAAGACAAAAAAUACGAAAUAAGAGUGAUUGCCAAAGACCAGAGUAGCCUGAGUGAUGCAACAAAAGUUGUCAUUGAGGUCACUGACAUGAAUGAUAAUGCUCCAGUUAUAAAUAUAAUGUCCUACUCCAGCCUGAUUUCAGAGGAUGUCCCUCCAGGCACGACUAUAGCUGUUUUUAAUGUUAAAGAUGCAGACUCUGAAAGAAAUGGUCAGAUAACGUGCUCAAUAGAUUAUGAUCUUCCCUUUAAAAUCCAGUCUUCUUUGACAAAUUAUUACAAUUUGCUUUCUGAUGCACCUUUUGAUCGUGAAACGAAGCCAGAAUACAACAUAACCAUAACGGCAACUGAUUCAGGGUCACCCCCACUUUCUACUAAAACAACUUUACACUUAAAGAUCUCUGAUGUAAACGACAAUGCUCCGCUCUUUACUAAACCAAAUUAUUCUGCCUAUAUCGUUGAAAAUAAUGUCCCUGGGAUGUCAAUAUUCAGUGUAAGCGCACAAGAUUCUGACUGGAAUCAAAACGCAAGAAUAUCAUAUUUUCUAGAGGACUCGCAGGUCAGUGGUAGCCCAAUUUCUUCUUAUGUGUCCAUAAACUCUGAAACUGGAGUUCUACAUGCUGUGCGCUCAAUUGAUUAUGAACAGAUCAAGCAGCUUGUGUUCACUGUCAAAGCGCAGGAUGGAGGCUCUCCUCCACUUAGUAGCAAUGUGACUGUGAAAAUACUGAUCCAGGACCAGAACGACAACCCUCCUCAGGUUCUGUACCCAGUCCAGACUGGUGGCUCUCUGGUGGCUGAAAUGGUGCCUCGUUCAGCAGAUGUGGGCUAUCUGGUCACUAAAGUGGUGGCUGUUGAUGUGGACUCUGGACAGAAUGCCUGGCUCUCCUAUAAACUACAGAAAGCCACAGACAGGGCGCUGUUUGAAGUGGGCUUACAGAAUGGAGAAAUAAGAACUAUCCGCCAAGUCACUGAUAAAGAUGCUGUGAAACAAAGACUGACUGUUAUAGUGGAGGACAACGGGCAGCCCUCUCGUUCAGCUACAGUCAUUGUUAACGUGGCGGUGGCGGACAGCUUCCCUGAAGUGCUGUCUGAGUUCACUGACUUUACACACGACAAGGAGUACAAUGACAACCUGGCUUUUUACUUAGUGUUGGCUUUGGCUGUAGUUUCCUUCCUCUUCAUCACGUGUUUAGUGGUUAUUAUAUCAGUGAAAAUCUACAGGUGGAGACAGUCUCGCAUCCUGUAUCACUCCAAUCUCCCUGUGAUUCCAUAUUAUCCACCACGUUACUCAGACACUUUGGGGACAGGGACUCUCCAACACGUGUACAAUUACGAGGUGUGCAGGACGACUGACUCCAGAAAGAGUGACUGUAAGUUCGGCAGAGCUGGUAGUCAGAACGUGCUGAUAAUGGACCCCAGUUCUACAGGGACGAUGCAGCGGAUACAGAGUGAAAAGAGCAUCCUGGAUGAACCAGACUCUCCUCUAGAGGUUGGCUUUGUUUUUUAUAAAGUUCUAUGA